AUGCUUGGUUUCUAUGUUUCUGCUGUAUACAGCCGUUGGUGGCAGGUUUUCGACAAUAUGGGAUGGAUUGAUCAACCAUCACUUCAAAUAACCCAGUCCAUACGAGGCAACGAUGAACGCUCGAAAAUUUUGCGACGUAAUAUCAUUCGCUACAUGAUAUUAAUGGAAGCAAUGGUCUUUAGGGAUAUUUCUUCGCUAAUUCGAAAGCGUUUCCCUACAAUGCAGCAUUUAGUGGCAUCAGGUUUGAUGACCCAAAAGGAAUUGGAAAUGUUUGACGCAGUCAAAUCACCUCACUCGAAGUAUUGGCUUCCAAUUCAAUGGCUUUUGUCUUUGAUGACUUUGGCAAAGGAGGAGGGAAGAAUUCAAGGAGAAUAUAUUUACGUAGCAUUGAUAGAUGUGAGUGUAUGCUAA